AUGGCCGACAUCGACACCUCCACACCCACACCAGUGCGGCCCCCGCCUCUCACACAAUCCGACGCAGUCACAAGCCUGCUCUCACUGAGCAUAUCAGCCUCUACCGCCACAUCCACCCCCGCAAGUUCCGGCGCCGCCCCCCAGCCCCAGCCGAGCAUGCUCACCACCAGCCUCUCCACCCACAGCACCCUUACCCUCACCAGCAGUACAUCGACGGCAACGGCAACGGCGAAUUCGGCCGCAGCAGGGAAGCACCACCGCAGACUUGGGUCUACAGGCAAGACUAGGCGGCGGUUGAGCGAUGCCAGAGAGGCCUCGUCCAGACCUCUAUUGGCUCCAGCGCCAGCGCCAACGACAACCUCGAACUCGAACUCGAGCGCAGCGCUCUCGCUAGCCUCGCUCUCCCUAUCCACUUCCCCGCCUUCCGCACACCCCGGACACGCGCACCAUGGGCAUUCGCAGUCGUUGGGCAGUAUGCCUAUGUCGCAGCAUGUUAUCGGACACGGACACGGACACGCGUAUUACUCCCCGCUCGCACCGAAGCCUGUACCUGUACCUGUACCUGUUACGUCGGGCGUUGGGAUUGCGAUCGUCUCUGCGUCGGGGCUGACAAAGUCGAAGCCUGUUGAUGCCGCCACUGCCAAUAUUACUGCGAAUGCAAAUAACACUGGUGAGGGCGAUGGCGCGGAGGACGAGCAGCAGGAUAAGGAUAAGGAGCUGGAGGGGAGAGAGAAGGACAAAGAUGGGAAGGAGGGGAAAGCUAGCGCGCCGAUUCCGAUUGUUGGAGGGAAAGCUAAGAAACGGGGGGUGGAUUAUAAAUGCGAGAGUUGUUCCAAGAUCUACCGCCACCCAAACUGCUUAAACAAGCACCGCUGGGAACACACCCGACAAUGGCGCGAAGCAUCCAAAUUCGUACUGAGCAAGCAUCAGCAGGUACAGCUCCUCGAGGCGGCGGCGAUUCUGUCGUUCAUGGGUAAAUCGCCGACGUCGUUGCCGGAGGAUAGGUCUGAGUGGCCGUCGUUCCUUUCUGGGGGGAGUUUGCCGAAGAUGGAGAGUGGUGGUGGUGGUGGUGCAGCGGGUGCAGGGGUUGGGGGUGGUGCGGGGUCGACGUCGACGUCGGUGGGCGGAGCGAGCUCGACUAUCACUGGGAAUGGUUCUGGUGCGGGUGCGGGUACGAACGGCGCGAUGCCAGCCUACGGUUCGAUUGGUCAUGCCCACGCACAUACGCAUGGGUAUGGUACCCGAACAUAUGCGUUGCAGCCCCAGCCGAUCUCUGCGUCUGUGCCGACCAAGUCGUCGAGUAUGCGUGCGGGUGUUAGCCCUGGCCCGAGGAUGCAUGAUUAUACGUUGCCUGGUACAGGUGUGGGUGUUGGGUCGGCUGCUGCGGUGGCUGCUGCGCCGGGCAUUGUGGGUGUGCCGACGACGCCGCUUGGUGGGCAUGCGGUUAUUGGAGGAGGAGGGUACCGUGCGGAGAGUGUGGGUGCGGGUGCGGGUGUAGGUGUAGGAGGAGGAGGGAAUGCGGGCUCGGGAGGGUGGUCGCUCCCUAGCUCCUCCCUGCGCUCUGGCUCUGGCUCAUCGCGCUCUGCGAGCAGAAGCCGCUCGGGGAGCAGGAGCGAGGAUAGCGUCGAUGUUGAUGUGGACGUCGAUGUGGAUGUGGAUGUGGUGGGUAUGGAUGAAGAUGAGGACGGUGUCGCUGGCGUCGGUGGUGGUGGUGGUGGUGCGACGAAGAUUGGUAUCGUCACGCCUCAGCACGGUCUCGGUCUCGGGCACGGGCACGGGUUCGGGACGAGCCCUGGGUACGGAGGGUACGGGAGCGGGAGUUAUGGGUAUACCGGGUAUGGAGGCGGAGGAGGAGGGUAUGGAGGAGGCGGAGGAGGGGGGUAUGGCAGCUAUGGACAGGCGCAGUCGUAUGGGCGCCGAGGGAUGAAGAGGGAGGAGGAUGAGAUGAGUGUGGCGUUUAGUGUUAGAGAGGAGGAUGAGGAUGGGGAGGAUCUGCAGGAGGAGGAGGAAGAGGAAGGUGGGAGGGGGUAUGUGCGUGGGAUGAGUACGGGUGUGGGGCAGAAUCAGAAGAGGCAGUGGGAUGGGAUGGAAAUGGACCUUGAUAUGGAUAUGGAUUGA